UAUUGGUGAGGGAGUUUCUGUAUGAGCUUUCUUAAAGAAGCACUUCCUUUUUACCAGUAAUUCUGCGUGGGAAUGUAUACCAAGCAGUUUCCUCUAAGAGACCAGAAGGUUUACAUAGUUGUUCUGCUUCUAUGAGAAGAAAUGCUGCUACAACAUUCUGUUAUGGCUGUAAUUUUUGCGUCUACCUGUAUUGUGUAAAGUUAGUUUUCUGCUUUCUGAGAUGCAUAACUCAGAAAAGGAUGUUCUUGAAGAUGACUCAAAUAGAAGUGAUGUUGCUGCCCAUGAAAAGGUUCCUUCUGGAAUCUUGUCUCAGACUAUGAACUACGUAGGGCAACUUGCAGGACAAGUCCUGGUUACUGUGAAGGAGCUGUACAAAGGCAUUAAUCAGGCAACCCUUUCGGGAUGCAUCGAUGUCAUUGUGGUCCGGCAGCAGGAUGGGACGUACCAAUGUUCCCCUUUCCAUGUCCGAUUUGGGAAGCUUGGUGUAUUGCGCUCUAAAGAAAAAGUGAUUGAUAUAGAAAUUAAUGGCGAUGCUGUUGAUCUUCAUAUGAAACUGGGUGACAAUGGAGAAGCUUUCUUUGUGCAAGAAACUGAGGAGGAAAAUGAAAAAGUUCCUGCUUAUUUGGCAACAUCUCCAAUACCCACUGAAGAUCAGUUUUUUAAAGACACUGACAAUCAUUUGAAAUCAGGUGAAAAUGAGAGGCCAUGUGCAAACUCAGAAAUUCCACACUCUGCAGAAACAGAGACUGUAUUUACCCCAGGUUCUGUGAAAAAGAAAAAAAGAAGAAGAAAGAAAUACAAACAAGAUAGCAGGAAAGAAGAUCAGAUCUCUUCUGCUGGGACUGAAGAGAUUUUUGAAAUGGAAAUAAGCUCAGAUGAUGAGAAAAGUGUACAGCCCCUUAGAGGAUCCUCAAAUUCAUCACCAAAGGGUGAAGAGCAAAAAGAAUCUUUGAUUUAUCAUUCGAAGGAUCAUUACCCCUUAUCUGAUGGAGACUGGUCCCCUCUGGAGAACGCUUUCUCUGAGCAAGUCUGCCCUAAAAGUGAUUCAGAACUAGAAGUUAAGCCUGCUGAGAGCCUGCUCAGAUCUGAAUCUCACAUGGAAUGGACAUGGGGAGGAUUCCCAGAAUCAACCAAGAUAAGUAAGAAAGAAAAACUGGAGCAUUGCAGAACAGCUACCAUUACUCCAUCAGAGAAGACUCACUUUAGGGUCAUCCUCAGCUCUGAUGAAGUUGAAGACGAUGAUGAUGUGAAAGAUUCUGUCUGUACAGUACUGAAACCUGAGCCAAGAACUCAUCCUCUGCUUAAGCAGAUGGAUGUUAAAGACUCUCUUGCUUCUGCAAUCGUAGAACCACAAGUUCCAUUGCCAUUGGAUGGUGAUCAUCAUUCCAGAAUAUUGGUGGAUCCGUUACCAGAAACAAAGCCAACAGCCAAAACUGACUCUCCUUCAAAAAAGAAAGGGGUGCACAAGCGAAGUCAUCAUCAAGGCCCUGAUGAUAUUUACUUGGAUGACCUAAAGGCUUUGGAACCAGAAGUUGCAGCACUCUACUUUCCCAAAAGUGAUUCUGAUCCUGGCUUCAGGCAGUGGACAGAGUCAGAUACCCUUUCUGGUUCCCAGUCACCCCAGUCAGUGGGAAGUGCUGCUGCUGAUAGUGGUACAGAGUGCAUGUCUGAUUCUGCUAUGGACUUGCCUGAUGUUACACUUUCACUUUGUGGAGGUCUCAAUGAAAAUGGAGAGAUUUCUAAAGAAAAAUUCAUGGAACAUAUUAUUACUUAUCAUGAAUUUGCUGAAAACCCUGGACUCAUAGACAAUCCUAAUUUGGUAAUACGGAUUUAUAACAGGUAUUAUAACUGGGCAUUGGCUGCUCCGAUGAUUCUGAGUUUGCAGGUGUUCCAGAAGAGUUUGCCUAAGGCCACUGUUGAGUCUUGGGUCAAAGAAAAGAUGCCAAAGAAGUCUGGACGGUGGUGGUUCUGGCGCAAGAAAGAAAGCAUGACUAAGCAGAUACCAGAGGCAAAAGAGGGGAAAACUGAGACGCAAAGAGCAAAUGAACUGCCAGCAACUAUAAAAGAGCAAGUUAAUAGUAGGCCUCCAGAGGAUGAUUCUUCUAGUGAUGAAGCAUCCCAGGAGUUGAAGGAAUCCCUGAAAAUGGAUUCUGCCCCAGCAGAGCAUCCACCCCAUGGGAAUGUUACAUCUUAUAAGAAGUCACUUAGACUGUCUUCGGACCAAAUAGCAAAGUUGAAGCUCAGAGAUGGCCCUAAUGAUGUUGUAUUUAGUAUUACAACCCAGUAUCAAGGGACUUGCCGUUGUGCAGGAACAAUAUACCUCUGGAACUGGAAUGAUAAAAUCAUCAUAUCAGACAUUGAUGGAACAAUAACCAAGUCUGAUGCUUUGGGACAUAUCCUCCCUCAGUUUGGCAAGGACUGGACUCACCAGGGCAUUGCAAAACUCUAUCAUUCCAUAAAUGAAAAUGGCUACAAGUUCCUGUACUGUUCUGCCCGUGCCAUUGGGAUGGCAGAUAUCACCAGAGGAUACCUGCACUGGGUGAAUGACAAAGGAACAAUUCUCCCCAGGGGCCCUCUCAUGUUGUCCCCCAGCAGUUUGUUUUCUGCCUUUCAUAGGGAAGUAAUAGAAAAGAAGCCUGAAAAGUUCAAAAUCGAAUGUUUGAAUGAUAUCAAGAAUUUGUUUGCUCCCAGUAAACAGCCUUUCUAUGCUGCUUUUGGAAACAGGCCCAAUGACGUAUAUGCCUACAUGCAAGUGGGAGUUCCAGACUGCAGAAUAUUUACUGUGAAUCCAAAGGGUGAACUGAUCCAAGAACAGACUAAGGGAAACAAAUCUUCGUAUUACAGACUAAGUGAGCUUGUGGAAUAUGUGUUCCCAUUGAUUAAUAAAGAACAGAGUUCUGCAUUUCCAUGCCCAGAAUUCAGCUCUUUUUGCUACUGGAGAGAGCCUCUUCCUGAACUUAACAUGGAUGACCUGGCCUGAAAAGUACUUCUCACCAGAAGAAGGAAUUUCAUAUUCAGCUACUCAGCUUCAGUUUAAAUGUGAAGAACUUUCUUAAUGAAGAUGUUAAUUUAUAUAUUGGUACCGUAAGUCUUACUAAAGAAAUCACUUUAAUUUCAUUGGUUUAAAACAAAGAAAAUGCAAAGCUACUGUCUUACUUUUUGUGGGAGGGUGUGUGGAUUUUUGUGUUUGUUUGUUUAUUGCUUAUUAUUAUAUACCUGUUCUAAGGCACUUGAGAUUGACCUGUCAUUGAUGGUCAUGGUACCCAAGUGCUUCUGGGCAACUAAAUGCUGAGGUAAAAUAUGACUUUGCAUUUUCAUCAUUACAGACCUUACUGUAAACAUAGAUUAUUCUUUUUUAAGUUGUCCUAAGUAUAUUUUCUAAAAUGAAGCCAAAAAGUGUAUGGAAACUGCCAAAUAGAAUGUCAGACCUAUUAAUGAAAAACGUGGUUUAAUGUUCAAAUGGUCAAUUAGGCCAUUUUUGAAAGAAGCCAGAGCCUAAGACAACUGUGCUCUUUCUCAGCUAGAAUAUAGAAAAUGUAUAGCCCUUACUAGCCUGACAGAUUCUGAAGACAUAAAAUUCCUCUUUAAAUGUUAAUAUGCCUUUUGUUACAUGUACAAGACUGAGCUUGUACAAAUCACACUCAAACUAACUCUGCUUAUUACGUCUUGGGGUUUUUUACACACAACGCUUAAACUAUUUCAUGAGCUUGUUAAAAUGAAAGUUGUCUUCAGACACUUGUAUGGCUUUUGUUGUUUUCAGGCUGUGCUGCAUCAUGUUAAAUUUUCAUCAAGAAAAAUCUUGGAACAUUUCUGUAAGAGUUGGGGAACUGGCAUUUUUAUUUCCUUUUUCCGCACAGAGAUAAUGUGUGUGUGUGUAUGCUGUGUAGGCCAGUAAAAUGUAUGUACAGAUUAUAUUCAGGGAAUUGUAAUACUAAAAAAAAAUUAUGUAUUUAAUUUUUUAAUUGUCUACUGCAGGUCUUUCCAGAGUUCUGUAUUGCAGGUUUUCAGUAGCUGGAACAAAAUACAAUUCAGUCGUGAGAUUCCAGCUGUCAGAAUGGUUAAAUGCUGUAGAGCAGAAUAAAACCUUUUUUUUUUUUUUUUUUUUUAAUGUUUUGGGUUAUUCACAAACAUCAUGCUGGUCAUUCCUCAGGUUCCAAUCAGAGCCUGUGAACAAAUUACGUUCCAAUUCUGGUAUUUAUCAGCUAUAAAAGCAGCUAAUUGUUCUUUCUCCAAGAGUACUUGAAGGCAAACGUGGCUGCUUUUUAAGUUGAAUUAGUACAUUUAACUUCUUUUGGACAAAACUAUGGUGAGAAUGUAUCAUUUCACCAGCCCAGAGGGCUUAAGGACUACAGUCAUAUUUAAACAUCAUUUAAACACCAGUCCUGGGCUUUCUGGGUAAAGCCUUUCCUGUCACUCACUCCUUUAGUGAGUUCCUGGGGCCAUGUGUUAAAGAUCCUUCCAGGGGCAGCAUCCAGAAUUUGCAUGGACUCUGGGGCAAGUUCUUCCCUGUACUCAGCUCCCGGUGGGAGCAGGGCAGAGCGAGUGCUCUCUGGCAGGCGUCUCUAUGGCUGCCUGCUCCGUCCUGCACUGGGCUGCUCCUCUGGGAACAGCUGGGCCAGACCCUCCUGCAUCAGCUCAUGUGUGCUGCACGCAGGCAGGGAGCUCACUCGGUUUUACUACCUGCAAAAGAGUACAUUUAGAGGAUUUUACAUCCCUCUAGGAGUAUUUUUUUCUCCAUUGUCAGGCUGAGAGUUUUAACCCACAGUUCUGAUGUAACACCAGCUAACUCUGGACAAUUGGUGUGCUGCUCGGGGAGGAGCAUUUUUAAAUCACUAUAUAAAUGAAAUUUUUUUUUUCCCCCAUUAUAAAAUUCUAGUGUAUUCCUGUAUUUAUAAAACACUGGAUAAAGAGUGGAAGCAAGCAAAAUCAAUCUGGAAUCUCUUUCAGAGCAGGAGAAGGAGAGUGGGAUAAAAAAAAUACCUGUCACGGUGUGUCGUGCAUGUCAGUGAACUGAAAGGCAUCCUCAUUUUUAUACUGUGAGAAAAAUACUUUCUGUGGUUCUUGGUUACUAAUCUACUCAGUGUUUAAGUGGAUUUCACAGGAUUCAAUUCAAAGGAUAUUUUAUUGCUUUUUUCUUGUAUUUUUUUUGUAAUGUCAAAAGCUUGCAAACAUCAUUCCAUGUAUUUUUUUUUUGCUUUUCUUACUUUUUAUUCAAUAGGUUUUAUUAGAAACAAAAAUUUUCAUGAUCACCAAGUGCUUUGAAUAUCAAUGUGAUUUGAGCUUUUAAGUCACUUAAAUACUUAAAAAUUAAUAAAUAAGAAUCCAACGUAAUAAAGUAUUUUAAUUACAAGAUUAAAUAUUCUAUCUAAAGAUUCUAUUUUGCAGAAAGGGAGUGAAGCAGCCUUUCCUAAAACAUUCCUUUUGUGGAUGUCAAAAUUUUCUUUACUAUGCUUAAGUCUACUCUUGGUAGCCCUGGUAUUACACAGCUUUUCUAAAGAUAAAAGCACUUCAUGAAAUUAUGAUGAGUUCCCAAGUGGAACAGAUUGUUACCAAGGUUUGGCUGUGUCUUUUUUGGUUAAUAUUUUUUUUCCACUAGUCUUAUUUUUUUUUCUUCAACUCCCUUCAUCUUUUUAGACAGUCAUAAAGAUAAAAUGUGGAUUUCAAAGUGGAGACUUGAGUAAAUAGGAAGCAUGGAGAAAUAGUAUUGGGUGUACCUCCAAAUACAUGUACUUUCAGCUGGUAUGAAAAUGGGGGUUGUGUGAGUUGUGUAGAGAGCUCCUCAUUCUGCUGACAUGUCAUUUUGCAUUGUAGGAGUGUCCAAAAGGUUGCUUAAUUUAAAAAAAUUGAUUUUUUUUUUUCUCUGUAACAGCUACAGUUUUAUAUUUUUUUUUUUGAUAAAAUGUAAAUGUUGUCGAGUCUUUCUGACAUGAGUAGGGCGGGGAGCUUGGUUUUUCUAAAUCUAGCUUGUAUUUGAAGCGUCUCAGAUUGUUUGUUAACCCUGUUUCGGGACAGAAUAUGGGGCCUGUCGUUGCAUACCUGUGUUCUUGGGGCUGCUGGGCACUUUACUGACUCUAGAGCAGACAUCUCAUUGCUGUCGAACUGGGCUUGUGCCACAAUAUCAGUGUGGAGUGGGGUAAAUAAGAAUUAUGCAUUAGCCUGUCCUUUUGUUACCUUAGUGGAGAGAAGUGGCCUGAAACUAAUGUUUGAGAACAAGUUGUGCUGUACUGAUGUAAAAUUAGCGCAAGCUACAUCAUUCUUUCUGUGAAAGAGGAACUUCUAAGUGUGCCUGGCUGUGGGCACACGCACACCCCUGUUAAGACUGUGUUGUUGAAGAUGCAGAUCCUCUUAGCGUUGGAACCCCUCAAAGGCUGAGUCAAUGACACCUGUCUGGGAGUAAAUAAGGAACAUUGCAAUUCAAGACUUGUUAGUGACUUGGACAUUACCCAUUUCUAUAAUGAUUCAAAGAUCAGCAGUUUUAAGGGUACGCAUUUCUGGAUUUUUUUUUUUUUUUUAGUUUACUGUACCAAGCAUGUUUGUACUUCAAAAGAUUGGGCUUUCAUUCCCAACAGUAUACAAGUGCAUGUGCAAUCUUGGCUCAUGUCUUAUUACCCUUCUGUCAUCAGUAUAUGCCUUCCAAAACCCUUUUUUUUCUUUUCAACUGGAAAAGUUUAACACUUGUGUUAACUCUGUUAUGGAACUUCUGAAGCAAACUCUGAAUCCGUUUAUGGUAAAUGCAGAAAAGAUGAGCUUUCAUGUUAAUGUUUCAUGCAAGUAUUUUAGAAAAUGCUGUCAUAUGAAUGAGUUGUUUAAAUGACUGUAAUGCAAAUUCCUAAUGAAACAUCACAGAUAGAUAGUGAAUUUGAGAUGCCUUUAAAGUGUCACUGUUGCCUGAAGAAAUUUUAGUUUCCAGAGUUAAAAUUUGCUAAAUAGAAUGGAAUUAUUUGGGACUUUUUUUACAGUGUUAAUUCCUUCCAGAUGAAAGUUAAAAUGUUGUUUAUUUUGAGGGUGGGAAAACUCUCUUCAGUCAUUUGUUUCAUUUUUAUCUUGAAGAUGUGGAAUACUUGAUUGUUAAGCAACCCAAUCACUAAUAAGGUAGUGUGUUUAAAAUGUCAAAUCUGUGAUCAUACCAAUACAGUGGUUUUUGUUAAGACUGGACUGUCUUGGGUACAGCAACCCACACUUCAGUGCAAUGUUUAUUGGUGUUCGGAACAAUGUUAUCACAAUAAAAACAGACUUAAAGUGAAAA